CGCGCACUCGGCUACCGCGGCUCCGUCCGCUCCUCUCCGGCCGCAGCUGCGUCCUCGCGCUCGGGGCGGCCAUGCAGCGCCGGGGCGCCCUGCUGGGAAUGCCGGGCGGCAGGAAGAUGGCCGCGGGGGACCUGGGCGAGCUGCUGGUGCCCCACAUGCCCGCCAUCCGCGUGCCCAGGUCGGGGGACCGCGUCUACAAGAGCGAGUGCGCCUUCUCCUUCGACUCCCCCAAUUCUGAAGGUGGACUCUAUGUGUGCAUGAAUACAUUUUUGGCCUUUGGAAGGGAACACGUUGAAAGACAUUUUCGAAAAACCGGACAGAGCGUGUACAUGCACCUGAAAAGACACGUGCGAGAGAAGGUAAGAGGGGCGUCUGGUGGAGCUUUACCAAAAAGGAGGAAUUCCAAGAUUUUUUUAGAUCUAGAUACUGAUGACGAUUUAAAUAGCGACGAUUAUGAAUAUGAAGAUGAAGCCAAACUUGUUAUAUUCCCAGAUCACUAUGAAAUAGCACUACCAAAUAUUGAGGAGUUACCAGCCCUGGUAACGAUCGCUUGCGAUGCCGUUCUCAGCUCAAAGUCUCCGUACAGAAAGCAGGACCCAGAUACAUGGGAAAAUGAAUUGCCGGUGUCCAAAUACGCCAACAACCUCACCCAGCUGGACAACGGAGUCAGGAUUCCUCCAAGUGGUUGGAAGUGUGCCAGAUGCGACCUGCGAGAAAACCUGUGGCUGAAUCUGACUGACGGCUCUGUCCUGUGCGGAAAGUGGUUCUUUGACAGCUCUGGGGGCAAUGGGCACGCGCUGGAGCAUUACAGAGACAUGGGCUACCCGCUAGCCGUGAAACUGGGAACCAUCACUCCUGACGGGGCAGAUGUUUAUUCUUUUCAAGAAGAAGAGCCUGUUUUGGACCCUCAUCUGGCCAAGCACUUGGCGCAUUUUGGAAUCGACAUGCUUCACAUGCAUGGGGCAGAGAACAGGCUCCAGGACAAUGAGAUCAAGCCGAGGGUCAGUGAGUGGGAGGUGAUCCAGGAGUCAGGCACGAAGCUGAAGCCGAUGUACGGCCCCGGCUACACGGGGCUGAAGAACCUGGGCAACAGCUGCUACCUGAGCUCCGUCAUGCAGGCCAUCUUCAGCAUCCCGGAGUUCCAGAGAGCGUAUGUAGGAAACCUCCCCAGAAUAUUUGACUACUCACCUUUGGAUCCAACGCAGGAUUUCAACACACAGAUGACUAAGUUAGGACAUGGCCUUCUCUCAGGCCAGUAUUCCAAGCCUCCGGUGAAAUCCGAACUCAUCGAGCAGGUGAUGAAGGAGGAGCACAAGCCGCAGCACAAUGGGAUCUCUCCACGCAUGUUUAAGGCCUUUGUAAGCAAGAGCCACCCGGAAUUCUCCUCCAACAGACAGCAGGAUGCCCAGGAGUUCUUCCUGCACCUGGUGAAUCUCGUAGAGAGGAACCGCAUCGGCUCGGAAAACCCGAGUGACGUUUUCCGAUUUUUGGUGGAAGAACGCAUUCAGUGCUGCCAGACCCGGAAAGUCCGCUACACGGAGAGGGUGGAUUACCUGAUGCAGCUCCCUGUGGCCAUGGAGGCGGCGACCAACAAAGAUGAACUGAUCGCUUACGAACUAACGAGAAGGGAAGCAGAAGUGAACAGAAGACCCCUUCCUGAGCUGGUGCGCGCCAAGAUACCGUUUAGUGCCUGCCUCCAGGCCUUCUCUGAACCAGAAAACGUUGACGAUUUCUGGAGCAGUGCCCUACAAGCAAAGUCCGCGGGUGUGAAAACAUCUCGCUUUGCCUCAUUCCCUGAAUACUUGGUAGUGCAGAUAAAGAAGUUCACUUUUGGUCUUGACUGGGUUCCCAAAAAAUUUGAUGUUUCUAUUGAUAUGCCAGACCUGCUUGAUAUCAACCACCUCCGAGCCAGGGGGUUGCAGCCGGGAGAGGAGGAACUUCCAGACAUCAGCCCCCCCAUCGUCAUUCCCGAUGACUCCAAAGAUCGCCUGAUGAACCAACUGAUAGACCCAUCAGACAUUGACGAGUCGUCAGUGAUGCAGCUGGCCGAGAUGGGUUUCCCCCUGGAAGCGUGUCGCAAGGCUGUGUACUUCACUGGAAAUAUGGGCGCCGAGGUGGCCUUCAACUGGAUCAUUGUUCACAUGGAAGAGCCAGAUUUUGCUGAACCGCUGACCAUGCCUGGUUACGGAGGGGCGGCUUCUGCCGGAGCCUCUGUUUUUGGUGCUUCUGGAUUGGAUAACCAGCCCCCAGAGGAAAUCGUGGCUAUCAUCACCUCCAUGGGAUUUCAGCGAAAUCAGGCUAUCCAGGCACUGCGAGCAACGAAUCACAGCCUGGAAAGGGCGCUGGACUGGAUCUUCAGUCACCCUGAGUUUGAAGAAGACGGUGACUUUGUGAUUGAGAUGGAGAAUAACGCCAAUGCAAACAUUAUUUCUGAGGCCAAGCCUGAAGGACCUAGAGUCAAGGAUGGACCCGGAACAUAUGAGCUGUUUGCAUUCAUCAGUCACAUGGGAACAUCCACAAUGAGUGGUCAUUACAUUUGCCAUAUCAAAAAGGAAGGAAGAUGGGUGAUUUACAAUGACCACAAAGUUUGUGCCUCAGAAAGGCCCCCUAAAGACCUGGGCUACAUGUACUUUUACCGCAGAAUACCAAGCUAAACCUCAAAUGUAAAAAGUGGCGACAGGAAGCCAUACGCCUUUUUAAUUUGCCAAAAAAAAAGAAAAAGAAGCGGAAGAAGAAGUUGUUGAAACAGCCAGACAUGAAGGAGUACAUGCAGUAUUUAUAGUUUAUUUAAAGAGCACGAUCAGUUGACGCCUUCUGAAAUAGAACUGGGAAGAAAUUUCUAUUAGUGAUGAUACGCUAUUGUAGAUAGUUUUUUAUAAAUGUUCAAGGAGAGGAUAUUUAAAAACAUAAAUGUAUUCAUAUUGCUGGUGGAGAAUCUGCCAUCAGCACAUCAAAAAUGGGGAUGUGUCCCCAGCCCUCUAUUUUGCUUUGGGGGUCAGUGGUAGUGGCCUCCAGGAAACCAAAUAAUGUGGCCUGCGGUCUGGCCUUGCCCACAGCAAAUGAAAAGCCCACUUGUGUUUCAUAUAGAAAGUCAGCAAUUGGGCAGGGCUUUAUUUGUGAAAUAAUUUUUUUCAUGACAUACAAUAAUUUCUGAUGUAUCCAUGUAGAUAUUAUGCUCUGUCCAUACUAGAACCUCUGCAAUGAAAGAUGUUUUUAAUUUAAAUCAUAUCAAAAUUCAUAAUACGAUUGUGUGAAUGUGUGUGAGUGACUGAGAGUGUGAGACUUUUACCAGAAAAGUGAGUCCACUAGAAAAUCAGUGACAAGUUGGUUUUAAAAGCCUGAACAGUAAUUGGUAUUAAGCAAAUCUGAAAAAAGCAAGUAAGUAUUUUAACAAAACUACAACUCAGGAAGCUUCAGGGAGAUUAGUUCCCCACUUAGAUUUUUAAGGAGUAAAAAGGGCUGCGUUAUGCCUUUAAGUGCUGUCAAGAAUUCACUUGGGUUUGGGACGUUAGCUGGUGUAACGCUAGAUGCCCACAGCAGCAUAAUAUUGUACUUUGUCAAAGGUAGAUAAAUUCUCUGUUUCUCAUCAGCCCUUUCCCCAAAAGGUAUGGUGUUUAUUUUUAGUUAAAAUGGCUCAUCUCUUUUUACCAUCUCACAUGAUAACUCUUUGGAGUCAUGCUGUGUGCCCCAAGUUUGUCAGUAGCUUUCCCAUCUCUGAGUUCUUUAUCUGCCUCCAUUUCCUUGUUUUUCUGGGGCCAGAGUCUCAUCUCUGCCCUUUUUUGGUUUAUCACCUGCUGACUUGCCUUCGCUGCUUAUCUGAUGUGACCAACAGUGUGAUCUUGGAUGCUCUAAGGAUCUUAGAUGCAGAGAAACUUUAUAUGACAUUAUGAAAGACCAUCCUUUCCAUUUUGAUUAUUUCAGUAUUUUAGUUGUGACCUGGGAUUAGAUGAAUUUCCAAUGUGGUAAAAAGUUGAAUGAAAGCAUUCUAUAAUUUCUGUAAUUUUCCUACUGCUCUGUACCAAAUUCCAGAAUCUCUGGAAUUGCUAUUUCAGAUUGUUCGGUCAAAUGAAAAAGGAUUUAUUGCUGUCUGUUUAUCAUGUAUUUGUGUGGUUGAAAGAAUCUUUUUAGAAACUGUAGGAAAAUAGAAGCAGCUGGGUGAAAUAGAGCACAGACACUGGAUGAGGAUGUGGUGAGCUGUGAACGGUCAGGGUCUGGGCACAGUGGGGGCCUGUCUCACAGCUGGUCCUUUGGUGCCAUGUGAGCGAGGGACAUGGUGUCUGAGGCCCCCAGCCUGAAUGCCUGCGUGCUGCUCCUAGCUGGCUGUGGGCCUUGGGCAGGUCCCUCGUCCCUCCCUGUUCUCAUCUGCACAAUGGCGUGAUGACACCUGCCCUCUCUUUCUAGUCAUGCUUUGAGGAUACAGUGAGCUUGGUUACAGUGAGCCUUCAAUGAGUAGAACACGGUGUGCCACGGUUAUGGUGAGCCUUCACUGAGUAGAAUACAGUGUGCCACGGUUAGGUGAGCCUUCACUGAGUAGAAUACGGUGUGCCAUGAUUACGGUGAGCCUUCACUGAGUAGAAUACGGUGUGCCACGGUUAUGGUGAGCCUUCACUGAGUAGAAUACGGUGCGCCACGGUGGGUCCUGGUGGACUGCUCCCUGCCUCUUCUGUUCGAUGCUUUCCUCAGUGUGGGAACAGAUGAGAUUGGCAGAAGGAGGGAGUUCCCGAAGCAGUACUUUUCUAUCGGAGUGUGCACGCUGGUGUCACCCUGUAGCGUUGACUCAGACUUCCUAAAGCAGCCCCACUCUGUUCUGAGAGUCACUGACUCCUGUGGAAAUCCCCACACGAAGCAGCCUUACAAAACCCAGUCCCCUAGGGCACGGCGAGUGUCAGAGAAUAAUGGCUCCAGACGUGCAUCAGAAAUGGCUUGUUUUCAACGACGUGAUAUAAACAAAGACCUUUUUUUUGGAACUGGGAGCGACUGGGGGGUUUGGAUUGAAUUGUGGACAAAGACAGCAUGUGUAUUUUGAACAAAAUAAAAAUUUUCUAACAAAACUUUGAAAAUCAGUGGCGUAAAAUCAACAUUUAAGACUAUAGGCUAUACACUGUUUAAUUGCAUUAACUAGCCCCUUUGAUGCCUGGACGUGCUGCAGGAAGGCGUGCUGUGGCUGCCUUUUUUCCUGCCUCACAGCACAAAGGGCUACUUCUGUAAGGCGAAGUUUUGUAUAUUCUUUACUUCAGAUUGAGAGUUGGGAGAAACGAGCAAAUAGUAGGUUUCUUACUUGCUUAAAAACGUAUUUGUAUGUUUAUCUUGACAUAUACAAGGCAGGUUCCCCUAGAAAAGUCUGGAAUGUACCACUUAGUUUCACACUGUGUAGACACAAUUAUUUGUAACUGAAAAGUAGAAAAACACGUGGAUGUGUCAACGCAUUAUCAGUCUGUUGGGCGUCCUCUGUGUGAGGCAUGGUGGUCUAAUGUGAAAUUCUCACUGUAUAUGGGUGUCUGUGUGAAAAACAGCACUUUAUUCCUGUAAAUAUCUUUUGAUAUCCAUUUGCGUAGAAUUCCAAUGAAUGUGUCUUUGGAAAAGGUAAUGUAUCAAAGUUUUCAUUUUGCCAAUUGAUCUAAAUGCCCAUAUAACUAAUCAGAAAUCCAGUUUGGUUCACAUUGGGAUUUUCUUUUAAAGAAAAGCAUAUGCAGAAAAGACUGCUGGAAGAAUCAUGUGUUAGUGACACUUGACAUCAGCGUUGCUUCAGUAUUUUGGAAUUGACUAGGCUGCUUCCUUCUACCUACGAGAGAAUGUGCCCGCCAUUUCCCCGUGCUUACUUGGGCUGUAGCAAGUCCAGUGGGGAUAGCUCCAGCCUCGUGCUUUCUGAGUCAUUUAUUCCGUUUACCUGAACAAGAGCCUUCCCUGCAGUUCAUGGUGAGAGCCCUGGGUCUGUAUCCUGACUGCACUAAGUGAGAUGGGCUGUCGCUGUACCUCUCCGGGCCUUUUCAUUUGAAACAGUUGGUUAGACUAGUUGACCUCAGAAGUCCCCUCUUGCUCUGACAUUUUAUUUUUAUUUUCCUGUGGUUACCAGUAGGGUCCGACGUGAAACGUGAGAGAUCACUUAGAGAUCUGGAGGUUGUAUUUUUGCGUUCUUAGAGCUUAUACUCCCCAGGUGAGGACGUGUUAUUCUUAGUGCUGCCACCGCCCCGUUUGUACUCCUGCUCCACUUAACUAUACUUUUUUGGGUAAUCAUCCCCCCCUUUUUUUUUUGAGAUGGAGUCUUGCCCUGUUGCCCAGGCUGCAUGCAGUGGUGCAAUCUCAUCUCACUGCAACUUCUGCCUCCCGGGUUCGAGCAAUUAUCCUGCCUCAGCUUCCCAAGUAGCAGGGAGGUAGGCGCAUGCCACUACGGCCAGCUAAUUUUUGUAUUUUUAGUAGAGAUGAACUUUCACCGUGUUGGCCAGGCUGGUCUUGAAUUCCUGACCUCAAGCAAUUCACCUGCCUUGGCUUCCCAAAGUGCUGGGUUUACAGACGUGAGCCACCACGUCCGGCCCCGCUUUUUUCUACUCUUGAAACAAACAAUGUUCCAGUCCAUGGGGUGCUUUGCCUCCACCUCCCUCAAGAAAAAACCAAAAAAUCCACUUAAGAUGUCUUCCUAGGAAAGCAUAAGGACUGCCUUCAUGUAAAUCUGACACCUUUAUAGAAUAUUUAAAAAUUCUACAAGAGGAUGGGAAACAGAACUCUAAUUCAGUUAGCGCUGUGAUCCCCAAACUGUCUGUCACAGAAAGGCCGUCUUGUCAUUUGCAGGCAUCACUGCUGCUAAUCACAUCAGUACAGGCCUUCUGUGGGGCGUGGGGAGAUGGCAGGGGUGGGCAGGACCUGGGGAUGGGGUUAGAUAAAAUGUGAUAAUAUCCUCACGUGAGAUAAAAAAUCCCAGGCUACAGAGCAAGGUUCCGUACUCAGAGUCGGUGUCUGAGUUGGUGUAACACCUGUAUGGUGUUACAGGGAUUUUCCACUCAGUCGAUCACUCUAAAGAGUUGGCAUCAGAUGCUCUAGACCUGUGCUACUCAGCGUGGCAGUCGACAGCCACAUGUGGCGAUGACUGCUCAGAACGUGGCUUGUUCAAAUCGAGAGUGUACUGUACACAUAACAUACACACAAGAUUCUGAAGGCUGGGUACCAAAAAGGAAUUUAAAAUAUUCCAUCAGUAUUUCAUGUUGCUAACAUGCAACAUGAAAGGACAAUAUUUUAGAUAUAUUGAUUAAGUAAAAUAUUAGCAAUGUAAUAUAGAUAUUAUUAAAAUAAAUUUAUCCUUUUUAUCUUUAGAAACAAAUGUGGCCCUUAAAGAAUGUAAAAUUAGACAGGUGGGUAACCUGGUACUUCUAAUGGACGGUGCCAUGCUAGACUUCCAUGGUGCCGGGUAGGCAGAGAAAUCCAUGAACAGGAAAGGCAAUUCUGCAAAGCAUCUAAGUAGACGGAAACAACACGAAUAUUUUUGCUGGAGUCAGGAGCACCGUGAGGCACAGAACAUCUCCCAGAAGUAUCUUUUUUCUGCCUAAAAACCAAUAUAUAUGUAUGAUCCCAAUUAAAAAACAAAAGCAAAUGAGCCCCAGACUGCCCGUCUUCAGCUCUGCCUGGGGUCUGCUACCUUUGCUCUUCCAGUGUCUUCUAGGUGCGAGGAUGUAAGCCACACAAGGUGUGCGGCGUAUUUGUUUCAUUGUAGGCCAAGUUCUCCUGUGGUUCCCCCCCGCCUCCACCCCCCACCCCAGUACUGUUGAGUUUGUUCAAAGCUGGGUGUGCUGAAGCGCUACGGAAGCCUCCCGCUGUCAGGGCGCUGCUUGUCCUGGCCUCAGCAGAGGCCCAGUCUGCUCCCGUGCCCACCUGUCCAGCAGGCUUCAAUGUUGACUCCUGAAAGAGUUUGUAUUUAUUUUAUUUUGCACUAGUUACAGUUGUUGUUAAACUAUAUCACAUGUUUUGGGAGAGUAUUUGCCUGUGAUGGAAAGAGAAAUGGAUGAUUUAUGGCUUCAAUUGUUUUAAAUUAAAAGCUAUUCUCACAA